AUGCUUUAUUUGGCUGAAGGACCUACGAGUGUACCACAGGAUUUAAACUUUAUAGCUGAGGAACUUGUCAUUCCCGAUAUUGUUGCUGAUGAACACAACUUUUGGACGCCAGGCAGGGCCGUCGCCAUCACUUGUAUGAGUGUGGCCUUGUUGGCUGGCCUGGCGGUGGCUGCUUACCAGAGAUGCCGACGACUUGGAAAUUACAUUCACGAACUGGAACAAGACCUGAAAAUGGAACGAACCGAGGUGACCAGACUGAGAGAUCGUCUGGAAACACAAGAAGAAGAAAACUUGAAGAAGGAAGAACGCCUGGACGAGAUGACCCAUGACAUCCAGUUGAUGGGACUCCAGCGAGGACGUCUGGACAACGAGAAGAUGAUGCUGGAAGACGUUCUGGAAAAGAGUAAGAUCAAGGAAUCUGAAAUGGAACGUCUUUUGAACGAAGCGAAGGAACAGAUCGAGUUUCUACAAUAUCAAAUUGUAGAUAAAGAUCUUCUGAUAGAACGGAAUGCGCUGGAAAGAAAAGAAAUGGAAAGUCGACUGGAAGAAGAGGAGAAAUCUAGAGGCAGAGACCUCCAGAUUCUGGAUAAAGAGAGGAAUCUUUUCCAGGAGAAGAUGGAAAGCGCUCUGAAGGAAGGUACAGAACUGGCCUCACGAUUAAAGGAAGCUGAAGCCACCAAUCGAGUGUUGGCUUCGGCGAACGAAGGCUUCAACAGGGCAAAUGCCCAAAUGCGAGACACUCUGGAAAAGAAAGAGAAGGAGGUUGACCAGCUGGAAAAUUUGAAGGAAGCCUCUGUACAAGAAAUAGCCUGCCUGCAAAAGAGGAAUGGAGAUCUCGAGAAGGAAAUGAAAAAGAAUCAGGAAGAAAAGGAGAAGAACAGAGUUUUGAACGACGAAGUUCAGCAAAUGAGAAACUGGGUUGCUGAACUAGGAGGUCAAAACGCUAAGCUGGAGGAGGAACUGCUCAAUAAAGAAAUAGAAAUAAAUUCGCUGAAGGAUUCUUUGCAAAAUAGAGAAGCAAAGAAUAUAAUUUUGAAAGAGGAAGUUCAGCAAAUGAGUAACUGGGUAGCUGAACUAGGCGGACAGAAUGCCAAGAUGGAGGAGGAACUGGCCAGUAACGAACAGGAAAUCCAGUCGCUAAAGAAUUCCUUAGAAAAUGGAGAAGGAGAGAACCGAAUUUUGAAAGAAGAAGUUCAGCAAAUGAGAAACUGGGUAGCUGAACUAGGCGGACAGAAUGCCAAGAUGGUGGAGGAAUUGGACAGUAACCAGCAGGAAAUCAACUUGCUAAAGAAUUCCCUAGAAAAUGGCGAAGGAGAGAACCAAAUUUUGAAAGUAGAGGUUCAGCAGAUGAGAAAGUGGGUAGCUGAACUGGGCGGUCAAAACACUAAGCUGGAGGAAGAAUUGGCUUAUAAAGAACUGAAGAUAAAAUCACUGAAGAAAUCCCUAGAAGAUGGAGAAGGAGAGGCAAGAAUCUUGAAAAAAGAAGUUCAGCAAAUGAGAACUUGGGUAGCUGAACUAGGUGGCCAGAAUGCCAAGAUGGAGGAGAAAUUAGCCAGUAACGACCAAGAAAUAAAUUCCCUAGAGGAUUCUUUAGAGAAUGAAAAGAAGAAGAACAGAAGCUUGAUUGAAGAAGUUCAGCAGAUGAGAAAUAUGAAGCUGAACUAG